GCUACAGAACGGUCAUGCUGAAGCUAUUUAUUUUGGCAUUCCUCUACGCUGGAGUGAGCAGUUCGUCAACACAGAAAAAAACAUUUACGAAGUACUUAAGUGGGAAUGUCGAAGACGAUGUAGAAUAUGAAGAAGCUUUUCAAAUUGAGUUUUCUGAGCAAAUGUAUGAUCAUUGCUCGGAUUCGUUUACAAUUCACAGUGAAGCAGCUUACAUAAAAGAUCCGCCGAAAGAUAAGAAAACUUUCUGCUCUUUAACGAAAACCACUUUACUAUGCAGAAGAAGAAACUUUUUAUUGAAA